UAAAACCCAGAUGUUCAGCUCAGUUCAGAAAAGGUACCUGGAGGCACGCACACUGAGGACCUUAGCGAGCCUGGAGGAACGGUGUAACCGUAUCCUGAGAAACAUGGAGGCCUCCCUGACGGCCCGGGAUCGCGUUGGCAUCCAGGAUUUUGUUCUCCUGGACACCUACACGAGUGAGACUGCCUUCCUGGACAACCUGAGGAAACGGUUCCACGAGAAUCUAAUUUACACUUACAUUGGGACUCUUCUCGUCUCAGUCAACCCAUAUAAAGAGUUAGACAUCUACAGCAAGAAGCAAAUGGAUACCUACAUGGGAGUCAACUUCUUUGAGCUGCCGCCUCACAUUUAUGCGCUGGCAGACAAUGCCUUCCGCACAAUGAUGUCUGAGUUCAACAACCACUUCAUCCUCAUCUCAGGGGAGAGUGGGGCCGGAAAAACAGAGGCCUCAAAGAAAAUCCUUCAGUUCUAUGCUGUCAGCUGUCCAAGUACCAAAGUCCUCAACAAUGUCCGUGACAGACUGCUUCUUUCCAAUCCCGUGCUUGAGGCUUUUGGAAAUGCCAAAACCUUGAAGAAUGACAACUCAAGCCGCUUUGGAAAAUAUAUGGACAUCCAGUUUGACCACCAGGGUGGUGCAGUUGGGGGUCACAUCCUCAGUUACCUGCUGGAGAAGUCCCGCGUGGUCCACCAGAACCACGGAGAAAGAAACUUCCAUAUAUUCUACCAGCUGGUGGAAGGAGGAGAAGAAGAUCUGCUCCGCUGGCUUGGUCUAGAGAGAAACUGCAAGCACUACCGCUACUUGGUGCAGGGGAAAUGUGCCAAAGUCAGCUCUAUCAAUGAUAAAAGUGACUGGAAGACAGUACGGAAGGCCCUGUCUGUUAUAGACUUGAGCGAAAGUGACAUUGAGAACCUCUUUGGAAUAAUUGCCAGUGUGCUCCACAUGGGAAAUAUCAAGUUUGAGGCAGAUGCUCGAGGAUACGCCACACUUAACAACAACCAGGAGAUGCAAUGGGUGUCAAAGUUGCUGGGUAUUCCUAACCAGGUGCUACAACAGGGCUUAACCCACAGGAAGAUCGAAGCCAAAUCAGAGGAGGUAUUUAGUCCCUUCUCUGUGGACCAUGCAGUGUAUGCCAGGGACGCCCUUGCCAAAGCCAUCUACGGCCGCACUUUCAGCUGGCUAGUCAACAAGAUCAAUGAGUCGCUGGCUAACAUGGACUCCUCCAGGAAAACCGUGAUUGGCCUUCUGGACAUCUAUGGGUUUGAGGUUUUCAGUGUAAACAGCUUUGAACAGUUUUGCAUCAACUACUGCAAUGAGAAGCUGCAGCAGCUUUUUAUCGAGCUGACCCUGAAAUCAGAGCAGGAGGAGUACGAGAUGGAAGGAAUCGAAUGGGAACCAGUGCCAUAUUUCAACAACAAGAUCAUCUGUGAUCUUGUGGAGGAGAAAUUCAGAGGAAUCAUUUCUUUACUGGAUGAGGAAUGUUUACGGCCUGGAGAGGCCACAGAUCUCACCUUCCUGGAAAAGAUGGAGGACAAGAUUGGUGGCCACCCUCAUUUUGUCACACACAAACUUGCAGACCAAAAGACGAGGAAAACUCUGGAAAGAGGAGACUUCCGCCUCCUCCACUACGCUGGGGAAGUUACAUACUGUGUUGUUGGAUUCUUGGACAAAAACAAUGAUCUUUUGUAUCGAAAUGGGAAAGAGGUUAUGCGGCAGUCCAAGAAUGCCAUCAUCAAACACUGUUUUCCUUCUACUGAACCGGAUAGCAAGAGGAGACCUGAAACUGUAGUGACUCAGUUUAAGAAUAGCCUGGUGGGUCUGACUGAGAUCCUAAUGAUGAAAGAACCCUGGUACGUCCGCUGCAUUAAACCCAAUGAAGCCAAGCAGCCAGGACACUUUGAUGACGUGUUGGUAAGGCAUCAGGUGAAAUACCUGGGACUGAUGGAACACCUGAGGGUCAGGCGUGCUGGUUUUGCUUAUCGUCGCAAAUAUGAAAUCUUUCUCCAGAGGUAUAAACCUCUGUGUCCUGACACUUGGCCCAACUGGAAAGGAACUGCAGCAGAAGGUGUGAGGUGUCUGAUCAAACACCUGGGCUAUAAAUCUGAUGAGUACAAGAUGGGAAGGACAAAGAUUUUUAUCCGCCACCCGAGAACUCUGUUUGCAACAGAAGAUGCUUUUCAAGUCUGCAAACACAAGCUGGCAACAAGGAUUCAGGCAAAGUACAAAGGCUACAAGGUGAAAGGAAACUAUGUGAAACAGAGAGAGGCUGCCACAAAGAUUGAGACCUGCUGGAGAGGACUGAUGGCUAGGAGGGAACGUCAGAGGAGAGCAUGGGCUGUCAAGGUCAUCAAGAAGUUCAUUAAAGGCUUCAUGAAUAGACAUCAACCGGCCUGCACUGACAACAGCGAGUACCUGGCAUAUGUGAGGCACAGCUACCUCACGCGGCUUAAGGAAAACCUUCCCAAAACUGUCCUGGAAAAAGACUCUUGGCUCACUCCUCCUCCUAUAUUGCAGGAAGUUUCCCAGGUCUUGAAGAAGAUCUACAUUCGCCACAUGGUGAGGAAGUACGUUCUAGGAAUCACUCCCCAAAGGAAAGCACAGCUGCUGUUAAAAGCACAGACCAGCGCCUUGUUCAAAGGGAAAAAAGAAAACUAUCCCUUCAGUGUGUGCAGACCAUUCGCAGACACCAGGAUCUGUGCAGAAGAUAUUAGCAUCAAGGUGCUUCAGAUGAUUCAACAUGAGAAAGUCAAGUACAGUGUACCAGUGGUGAAGUACGACAGGAACGGCUUCAGGCCUCGACUCCGGCAGCUCAUCUUCACCCAGGAAGCUGCCUACUUGGUGGAAGAGGCUAAGAUCAAACAGUGGAUAGAUUACAGCUCACUGAAAGGUGUGUCGGUCAGCAACCUCAGUGACAACUUCCUGAUCCUUCAUGUCACGUGUGAUGACAGCAAGCAAAAGGGUGAUCUGGUUCUGCAGUGUGACUUCCUGUUUGAGGCCUUGACUAAGCUGAGUGUUAUUGCUAACAAGCAGAACUGCAUCCACGUGGUGCAGGGCAGUGUGCGGUUUGACAUUCAGCCGGGCAGAGAGGGGUUUGUCGACUUCAAGAGUGGCCAGGAGUCGAUGGUCUACAGGGCAAAGAACGGCCAUCUGAUGGUGGAGUCAACAAAAACCAAGUCAAGAUGAAGAUGCCAGCACUUUGGGAUUAAUGGUGCUCCUUAAGCCUCAGAGUUGCACCAGCCAUGCUUGCCCUGUAAUCCUGCUCAGUGGCUAUUUCCAUUAUUAAAGGCAGCUUUAUACUUUUGCAUCUUCAUUAAAAUGUUAUACAAUGAAGUACAUUGUGUUAUUACACAAAUGCCGCCAAUAACUUAGCUGUAGAAAGUUCUUACUUACAAUGUCAGCAGCUCUACUUGUUCAUGACAUUUGGACUUGAAAUGAUCUCUAUGUAAACAAACAGAUUCAUGUAUGUACACUGCAUUAUAUAUUCAAAAUAUUCAUAGAAUCACUUGAUAACAGUAAAGAAAUAUAUCUGUGCAAAGCCAUGACUGUAACAUUUAUAAGACCUCAGCCAUGUUGUACCUUUAUAUUAAAACAUCCUUGUUGUGGCAAUAUUGUCAGAUGAUGGUUUAGUCUAGCAGAGGAAACUCCAAUGAAUUGUGCAGAUUAUGUUUAUGUAGUAUUUUUUGAUGUCGAGGAGAACAACAGUAUAUUACCUUUACAGUACAUGCUGCUAUUACGCAGUUCUGAAGUACAUUGACAGCACACUAACUCAGUCAAUACAGUCGCAGAUAAGAAUGAAGCCACUCUCUAACCUGUUUUUCUUAGAUAUGUUAUCAACAUAA